AUGACAGAUACCGCCAAAUAACAAUUUGACCCAAGACUUUAUGACGAGGAAGAAGAUGAUUAUGAAGAUGAUAAUGGUGUUUAGGCAAAUAUAGAGAGAAAUAAUAAUGAGUAUGGACUGGGUGACAACGACAUGGAUGACAUUGAAAAUGUCGAAGCAAAGAUGGAUGAGGAGGAGCAAAAUAGACUUUUUAAAGAAUUGCUGUUCUGUGUUUAAGGAGUUGGCUCAGUCAAGAACAUCAAUGGUUAUGAUGUGUAUGUUAAAAAUGAAAGCUAUUGCGAGGACAGUCUUAAAGAUUUAUACUCAAACUUGAAGAGAGAUGGUGAUACUUAUCCAAUAGUUAGAUUAUUCUUGGGCGAGUGGGGUUUACUGAAAAAAGACCUUUUGCCGCUCCUUGUAUUCCAUAAACAAGAUAAGAGACUCUCAUUCUUAACAACAAUGAUAAUGGUUCAACUAACUGCUCUUCCAGGAGAGACAUGCCAGCAAAAGCAAAAAUAUAUGUCAUAUUUAAGAGAAUACAAAUAAGCUUUUUUGUAGCCAAAUGUAAUCUCAGUUUUGAUGGAACAUUUAGCAGAUUGCCUCUAAAAAGAAGAGAGAAAUUAAAAGCACGAAUAAAUGAUUGAAUUAAUCAUAGUACUCUUCAAACAACUUCUAGUAAUCCCAGAUGAUAAGAAAAAAGAUUAAUCAAAUUUUGUUAACUUACAAAAGAGUUUGCUUAUCGCUUUUGCAGAAGAAUCUGUACUCGAUUCAUUUAUUUUUAUGACCCAAGAUUUUUCUCAUUCGUUCUUCCAAAAAUUAUCAAUACACUUUAUGGAGAUAUGGUACUAAAUUUUCAAAAGCUUUACACCUUAGCAAAUUUUUAACUUUGAAGAAGGUGAAAAAUAGGCACUUUAAGAUAUUGACGCUCUUGAAAAAGCAAGAAUGAAUAGACAAAACUUUUUGAGAGGAAUUAGACACAGUAAAUUUGGAAGUUAACUUUAAGUUUUCAGAAAUGAUGGUAGCUCAGUAAUAGUAGGUAAUAUUUACUAAAAGAAUAUUGAGGUAAAUGAAGUGAAAAAUGGAUAAAAAAGAAGAGCUUAAUCAAGAAUGAUAAAGGACUAAAAGCAUAUAAUUGAAGCACCGCAGACUGGAAAGUUAGUUAAUGAAGGUGCUCUUGAAUAAAGUGACAGGAAGCUACUAUAAAUGCUUAGAAAUCAUCUUACUGAUAUGCUGUAAAAUUCAUACUGUCCUUUGAUAGAGCAGAUUUUCAAUGAGCUUGCUAAAAGCGGUGAGGCUGUUGAAGAAUUUGAUAAGUUCCACUAUUUUAAGCUUUAAACAUUCAUGAUGUAAAUCUGUAGAUUGUAAGCCUAUGAAAAACAUAAGCUAGAUAAAUCUAUUAAAAUGAAAGAAAUUUAACAAUAACAAGCAGAAGAAGACAAAAAGAAUUUAUUUAACUUGUCAAAAUCUAAGUAAAGAAAACUGCCAAUUCCGAAAGUUCCAUUUAAUAUUGACAUAUCAUAAAUUGGAGCCUCAUUGUAACUUAACAACUUUGAUUAUCUUUAUUCCACAUUAUAUACUGAGAUUUAGAAAAAGAAGAAACUUGAAAUGAAAUUUAAAGAUUUUCAUUCUGCUCUCUAACUGUUAACUCAAUUUUUAUACAUAAUUAGAGAUAUGGCUACUUCAGAAGAUGAAAAAAAUAAGAAAAAUUCACAAAUUUUACUAUCAAAUGUUUUCCAUCAUGAAUUAGUCAAAAUUGCACAUACAGGUAUUAGACUUUAUGAUGAAAAGUUGCAUCAUAAAUAAUUCCUACAUGACUCAAUUGAAUUCACCCAUUUAAUGAUGAGCAUGUUAGAUGAAUACUCAAAGGGAAAAGUACUAACGAUCCAAACUUAGAAGAUUAAAAAGGUCAAGAAAUCAAAGAAAUCAAGAAAAGCAAAGAUAUUUGGGGAAGUUGAUUAGGCUGAUUUAGAAAGAAUGAAAAGGUAAAAUGAGGAAGAUAUGGAUGAUGAUUAUAACCCUAAUAAUAAGGAAGAAGACAUUGAGAAAGAUAUUGACAAUCUGGCUAAUUAAGAUGACAUGUACGAUAAUGUCAUGGAUAACUUAUCUGAUGAAGAGGAUAGUGAUGAAGAUGAUGGACAAAGUAGAUACGUUGAAAGAAAGCUCAACUUUGCAGCUGAAAUAUCUCUUUUGGUUGAUUAUGAUACACUCAGCAAAUAUGUAAUGGUGUUGAGAGAUAAAGACUAUUAAAAAAAUCCAUAACUUCUCUAGGCUAUUACUUCAUGGUUUAAGAGAAUAGUUCACUAACUGAAGGCUACUUGGAUAUUUUUCUAGCUGGAAUACCUAAUUUGUUUUGAGCAAGUAUUAUCAGAAGGACAGAUUAACAAUAAUUUAAUGAAAGGUUUUGGAGUUGACCGACCAGUAACGACAAAAGAUAAAUAAAUAGAUUCUUACCUUAGUGAACUAAAACCUCUACUCAUGCAAAUUGUUAAAUAAUUCAUGGAAACUCUUUAGAUUAAUAGCUUAUUGGGAAUCGAAUGUUUAUUUAGAUUUUCCUCAAGAGAAGUUAAGGAUGCAAUUCUUGAUAAUUAUGACAAGUAUAAUGGAGAUUCAAAUUAGGCUAAAAGAUCUGAAGAUUAAGAGAUGGAAGAUAUUUAUGGGUAGUAAAAGAAUGAAACCAAGGAAAACAGAGAUGAGGCAAAAUAGAAGCAAAGAUCUGCAUAUGAUGAAAAUGAUAAUAUUUAAUAGCAGGCAAAGAAUGUUUGGACUGAGGAGUAAGAUAAUAUUUUAAUAGAUAAUUACGAUCAAUUCAAAGCUUUGGGCUCUAAAAUGUGUGUCGAAUUUCUAGCUUAACUCCUUGAUAAUAAAACUCCAAGAGAGUGCUAUGAAAGAAUAAAAGCACUUGGAUUGAAAGAUAAAGGAGCUUAAGAGGCUAAGUAAUAAUCAAGGCUGCUUAAUUAAUAAUAAAAUGAAUCACUUAAUACAGCAAAAAUUGCAAUCUCUGUUAAAUAAUUCCUAAUGUAAAAGAUUGGGACAAGAGUUUCAAUGGACCAAUUAGAACUUAAGAAAUACUUGGAAUUUAUUAUGGAGAUAGAGAAGGGAUAUCUUGAAUUUAAAUAAUAAGAGGAAGAAAUGCUUCUUUUUGGCAAGGUAGAUGAGGUGUAUGACUUAUAGAGAAAUUUCCCAGAUUUCACAGUAGUACCUGUAAACAAAGAAUAAUUUGACAUGAUUAAUGAAAAGCCAUUUACAGACCUUCUAGCAGCCCUCGAUAUAAGAUAACCAAAAUAUGGAUAAUUAUAUCUGAAGAUUCAAACUAAUUUGUAGAAAGAGAUCUUUAGUCGAAACAUAGAAUAAUUAUUUUCAGCUUUAACAUCAAUGAGAAAUGCACAAAAUGUAUUUGAUAAGGAGAGUGUCAAUUAAUAGACUAUAAUUAUAAAAGCAGAAAACGAUGAAAUGCAGAAUUCUGAAGAAGAAAUUAGAGAUAAAAAUAGGAAAGAUAAAAAGAAAAAAAGUAAGCACGAUAAAAAGAACAAGAAACAUAAAAAGCAUAGAAAAUAUGAAGACGAUGAUGAUUAAGAAUAACAUGAAAAUAAAAAAAGCAGGAAAAUUAAGAAAAUUUAUGAAGAGGAAGGAGAGGAUGUUAAUCAAAAUGAAGAUGAAGAAGAGAAUGAAAUAGAGGAAGAUAAAGAGUUAGAAGAUUUGGAUCAACUCUAUGAAGGUAAGGACAACCUAGAUAACGAUAGAGAAGAAGAUCAAGACUUCGAAUGA